AAUUUUCUUGUUUAUACAUAUGUUAUAAAAUUUGGUAGACUCUUAUUGACGUGGGGCCCGAAAGAUAUAUAAGUACGUACCUGCUGGUAUAUUUCCCUGACCUAUGUUAUGUUAUCAAAACGAAAAAUGGUGGUCGACAUGGAGCUGCAAGAAGCUAAAGAUGCUGUCCUUCAAUUAAUGAAGGAUAAAGAAAUGAUUGAAUCUAAUCUACGAGCUCUUAAGGAGAUCUUAGAUAGCAAUCAUGUCGAUAUGGAUGAGCCAUUGGUGGAUUCUGAAGGAUAUCCCAGACAGGAUAUUGAUGUUUAUCAAGUGAGACACACAAGACACAAAAUAAUAUGUCUCACAAAUGAUCAUAAAGCAUUGAUGAAACAGAUAGAGGAAGGAUUGCACAAAAUUCACGCUUUGACAAUGGGAAGUGAAGCACAAGAACCUAUACCCAAUGUAUCUGAUAGGCAGGAGACAGAAACGCUAGAGCCUUUUCUCAGAGUGAAUUUAGUUUCACCUGGUUCACCUGCAGAAAUUGCAGGAAUUCAAAUUGAUGAUCUGAUAUUAGAAUUUGGAUCCAUUCAUUAUCGAAACUUCAAAUCUUUGACAGACAUUGGAAAGUUGGUGGAAAAUAGCAGAUACAAGACAGUUAAUGUAAAAAUCAAACGUGGAUCCAAUAUCAUAAUUCUUCCAUUAACUCCACGUCCCUGGGUUGGUAAAGGUCUCUUAGGUUGCAAUGUGAUACCUUUAGAAAUAGUUGAGAGAUAAAAUUAUAUCAGCGAGAGGUAUGUAAAGUAAUAUAUGUAAUACUAUU